CAGCAGGAGCGAAAGGACCUGCUUGCUGCCACAUCCUGAGAGCAUCCUUUCUCUGCUUUCUUAACAUCAUCAUCAAAACACAGCGGGAUGACGGGAAAUCACGAGCAGAGCAUCUCUCUUCUUCCCGGUUUGCGGUAGAAUAUCGUCAGCGCUUGCGUUAACGUUUGACUAGCGUAAUGCUACAACAUGAAGCUUUUUCCCUGAUGAAGAGCAGACAUAAUAGCCAGUCUGUGGGAAAACAGUGUAGUUAUCCCGAGCAGAGUCGAGCUGAGCUGAGCUUCUAGCUUUUUGUGUUUUCUUUGGUCCCCCAGAUUUUUCAAACUAAAUGCUUAUUGAGAGUUUUUAAAAAAAAUGUUUUUAUUAUUUUUUCUCUCUCCCUCGGAUGAUGUGAACAGUUUGUAGUGCUCCAGCAGAGAAGAUGCACAGAUACAAGUAUCCGCCUGACAACAUCAAGGUCGCUGAGGCUUUCCACAUUUAACGCUGCGAGACUAAAGAGGACCGUGUUCACCAUCCAACAAAGUCUGAUGGACCCGUGAGCAGACAUCGCAUGCCCCUAACCUGGCCACGUCAGCGUUGUCGUGGCUGGCCGCCGCAGGACAGUCGUCUUCCUCUGCCAUGACCCGGCUGAUGUUGGGCCGGACUCUGGAGCGCAUCUGUAAAGGCGUGCUGCUGCUCUGCCUGCUCCAUUUCCUCAUCAUGAUGAUCCUGUACUUCGAUGUGUACUCGCAGCGCUUCGACCUCUUCAGUCGCUUUAACAAUGGCCGCAACGGAUCCAGGAGCAAUGUUAGUGGGGCAGGGAGCGGACAUCAUUAUUACUAUUACAACCUCUCCAGGCCCAACACCACAUUAGCCAGCUACCUGGCCACAGGCGAGCAGCUGGUGCCAAGUGUGCAGCCGGAGAACACUCAGACACCGUCUCCCAAACCACUGCCACCGUGUCCUGAAAACCCGCCUGGCCUUGUGGGGCGUUUGUUGAUCGAGUUCAGUUCCCAGAUGACGAUGGAACGAGUGCAGAAAGAAAAUCCCAAUGUGACCGAGGGAGGCCGAUACACGCCUCCAGACUGUCGGCCCAGAUGGAAGGUGGCCAUCAUCAUCCCGUUUCGUCACAGAGAGAAUCACCUAAAGUACUGGCUCCACUACCUCCACCCUAUUCUCAGACGCCAGAAGAUUGAUUACGGCAUCUACAUCAUCAACCAGUUGGGCGAGGACACUUUCAAUCGUGCUAAGUUGUUGAACGUUGGUUACACGGAGGCUUUGAAGGAUGCAGAGUAUGACUGCUUCAUCUUCAGUGACGUUGACCUGAUCCCAAUGGACGACCGCAACCUCUACCACUGCUACGACCAGCCGAGACAUUUUGCCAUUGCCAUGGACAAGUUUGGCUUCAGGCUGCCCUACGCAGGUUACUUCGGAGGUGUUUCGGGUCUCAGUAAAAAACAGUUUCUGAAGAUCAACGGCUUCCCGAACGAGUACUGGGGCUGGGGAGGAGAAGACGACGACAUUUACAACAGGAUCACUCUGAAUGGGAUGAAGGUGUCUAGGCCAGACGUUCGCAUCGGCCGCUACAGAAUGAUUAAGCACGAGAGAGACAAACACAACGAGCCCAACCCACAGAGAUUCAACAAAAUACAGAACACCAAGAACACAAUGAAGAAGGAUGGCAUCAGCUCUCUGACCUACAGACUGGUUCAAGUCAAGAAGUAUCCUCUGUACACGAACAUCUCCGUGGAGAUCGGCAAGCCACCACCUCGGCCCAUUAAGGGCUAGAAGAAAUGAAAGAGAGAAAGUGGACGAUGUGGGGGAGGAUGCAACUGGCCUAGUGAGAGGAAGAUGUGAAAGAAGAGAACUUAAAGGAUGGAAAGGAAACUGAGAGUGUCUCACAGGCAUCUGAAAGAAUAUGAAAUUGAAAAUAAGAGAGCAAAACUUGUCACAAGCACAUCAUAGUGUCUCUUUCUGCCUCGUUUCCACUCUAUUCAGCUUGAUAUUUCUCUCUUUUAGGACUCAGGCUCUUUCCACCAACAACUUCUUGAAGCAGACAGUGGGUGCUAUCACACCUGUAACAAUCAAUGACUGCAGAAUGAAUAACUUGUGGACCAAAGGUGGAUUAUCAGUGGCGUCAAACUUAAGUUUUCCUAUCAAACUGGAGGGCAACUGAUGGCAUGUUGACAGCGAGCAUUGACAGGAACUGCUGGUGUGUCACGUAACACUUUCUUAAAUGUUGACGAUGGAUUUCUCGUAACGUCUUAAAACUGUCUCCAUGAGAAAACACACAGACUGUUUUCAUGCAUACUUUGAAAAUGCAAGAAAGAACUAACUUUGUGCGCAUUAACAGCCCCUGGAGUCAAGCUGUAACAUUACCACAACAUACUGACAUGCAGUGAUGAACUGUGUUACUGUGUCUAACAGCUUGCAUAUCAGAGACAUCCGCGUCUCUGGCCCUGUGAUGCUAACAGACAAUUUGCUUUGGACAUUUUCGUCAGGGAGUCACUUGUUUGGAUCUAAUUACUCAAUCAAACCCUCUGCUAUCAAUUAAUGAAUGUGUAUUGUGCCUGCAUCUACAGCAGAAGACUCAAAUGAGUGCUGGUGACACAUGAACACGCUGAUGAAACACGUUUGUCAGCCGCUACAGACGACCGGGAACUCUCUUUUUGUUCUCUGUUUUUAUACAUAUAUAUGAAGUUAAACUCUGGAAGCAGAAGCUGACUUGUUGAGAGUUUUUCAACAACAGUAAAUAAACUGAAAGGAUGAAAGGGUUUCUCCUGUAUGCAGUGUACUGAAACUAUCUUGGGAGAGCAUUUAAAAUCAAAUGGAGGAACUGAAGACAGCAGGUCUGAUACAUACUGACAGCUCAGUUAUGAUUUUGACCCCCUGCAGCACAUAAGGAGAUUAUACUUCUGGAAACUUUUUUUUUUCCAGUUUAUUUUGCUAAUAUGCACUUUAAAGUCAACAUUGAGCUAAUACUCCUUUAAAAGAUAUUGGAAAUUUACCAUAUUUUCUGCACAUACAGUAUUCCCCUAAGCUCCAGACAUCCACUGGUGUUGGUUUUCUUUUAGCUAAUGUCACUGUUAACGCUAAAUUUGGUUGAAAAGUGAGGGGGUGAAAUUUGUUUUGUUUGGAUGUCUUAAAAGUUUUAAAUUUGGUCCAAAAGUCAACGUUUUAUAUCAAAUUUACCAAAUAGGCUAAUAUUACUGGGCAACCUGUACAGAUAGGUCCAAAAUUUGUUGGGCAAAGACACAGAUUUUGUCAUUUGUAAACCACCACAGUGGAUUUUAAAUCACCCAAUCCAGAUCUGAUUGAAUUGCAGAGGUUUUGCAUUAACCAUUUAGGAAAUUCAGCCACUUUUAUAUGCCGUCCCCAAUUUUUCAAAGGCUCAGAAUUAUUUGGACAUUUGGCUGAAAGGCAGUUUCAUGGCCAGGUGAGUUCUGUUAUUUUGUUUUUUCACAACAAUGAACCAGACAUAUCUCAAGUUACAGCUCUUCAAAGUAAUUUCAAAUAUGACGCCAAGAGAGAUGUAAGUGCAAGUGAGGGAGGCCAUUAUUAGGUUGAAAAACUAAGAUAAACCUAUCAGUGACACAGCAAAAACCUUUUCCAAAUCAAAAGUCUGGUUCAUUCUUAAAAAUAAUGGAUGCACUGACCAGCGCAGCAACACCAAAAGGCCUGAAAGACAAAGAAGACAACUAAAGUGAAUGAUAACACGGAUGUUAAGAAAAACAACUUCUUGUCUAAUGAAAUCAAGAAUGAACUCAAGGAGGUAAUGGUAUCAUUGUCAAAGUCCACAAUCAUGAGACACCUUCAUGAAUAGAAAUACAGAGGUCUUAUAACAAGGUCUAAAACCCCUAAUUACAGAAGUUAAUUGUGAAGUGUACACACUAUGCUCUCUGCUUAGAUUCAACCAAAGUGCAAAUGGAUAAUGACCCAAAGUAAUCUGAGAAAGCAACCCAAGAGUUUUUCCUUUAGAGGCAAAGGAAUUAGAGAUUCUUCAAUGACCAAGUCAGUGACCUUAUUUCAGCCCAACAGAGCAUGCUUUUCAGUUAUUAAAUACAAAAAGAGAAAGCCCCACAAACAAGCAGCAGUGGAAGGUGGUUGUAGUAAAAGCCUAGACAUCUCAAGUGAGGAAACACAGCAUUUGGUGAUGUCCUUGGGUUCUCGACUCCAAGCAGUUAUUGACUGCAAAGGAGUUUCAUGAAAGUAUUAAAAAAAAUCUUUAAAAUUACGCUGGUUUGGUUAAUAGUUUUUUUUUUUAAAUUUAUGUAAUUCCUAAACCGUUAAUUCAAACUUUUUGUUAAACCCCUUGAAUUGGAAUUUGAAGCUGAAAGUCUGCACUUCAGCCACCUAUUGAUUAAAACCCACUGCACUGUACACAUGAUUGUAAAAAAUUAUGUCUUUGUCCAACAAAUUAUGGACCGAACUCCAAGUGUGUAUACACAUGUAAAUGAUGUUUUUAUUCUCAUUGUGUGUUGCAUAGUGAUGGUAUUUGUGUACACCUCUGGAGAGGCUAAACACAUUGUUCCAGCAUGCUAGAGCAGCACAGUAGGAGCAGGAUAAGCGCCGCAGCCUCAUAACGAGAAGGUUUCAUGUUUGAAUCUACAAAACAACAAUCGACAAAAAAGGGACAUCAAUCCAUUGAUCUGUUCAUCAAUGGAUUGAUGUCAUCCUGCUGUUCAUCCUUUACUUUUUAACCAAAUCUUGAUGUCGUUCAGACAUCUGGCAAAAUUGUCUCCCGACGUCAUCCUGCCGUCUUUUGAACAGGUUUUUGCUCGGUGGGAUGUCGAAGAAAUGAGCUGUCAGAUAUGUUUUAUGAGAAAAAAGCAGCGUGAAUACAAAAGCUGACUCUUGUAAGAUUUACAAGCGGCUCCACGGGCAGGACAAGGUGAAAUAAUUCUCAAGGUCUCUUUUAAGCCUACAAUCUAACUUGGUAGUCUUUUUUUUUUUUUUUUAACGUGUCACAAUUCAUUAAUAGUCCGUUGAUACUAUUAAUAUGCCGUUUUAUCUCUCUGCUAUCUCUCCUGUCAAUCGUUUAGCAGGAGACGAUCAUAUCCGGACGGAGGAAAUUAUAAGGUGCUGCUCUUUGGCUGGUGGAAAUUGUUAAUUUUAGGGCAGUAAUGAGAAGUUACAGUUUGAGCAGUAUGACUGACGUCCCUAUUGCUGCUUCAGAUUUUAUCAACAUCAGCUGUCAAGCCUACAUGCUAAACGGUUUUAUCACGCAUUCAGAUUUCACAAACGAUGGGCUAAAUUAAUCCUUUUUUUAUUUAAAGUUCUGGAACUUUUUGUCUCAUGUUUACUUCUGUCAUUUCUUCCAUCACCGCAUUGAAGUCUUUGACUGUUUUGUACUUUGAUGCUUUGCUUUUCUUCUUCCUCUGUUUUCUUUUUCCUGGUCUGUACUGUCAGUGUUGUUAUUGUUGACGCCUAAACGCCAAACUGAUGCCUUUAGAAGUGAUGUGUGCUAAGGGGAAGGGAAGGUUAUCUUGAAUUCUUUCUUUUGGGCAAAGAUGACGCGAUAGAAAUGUGUGUUUUGAGAUUGAAAAUAUUUAAAUGUUUGUUUCGGUGCAAAAAGAAAAGAAAGCAUUUGCAGUAUGUUUUCAUGAAAGUGGCAGGGGGGUUUGCAUAAAGUCUUGCAACUGCAAUUUGAACCACAGAGAACAAUUUGGGGCUUUUAUUUUGGUGAAAAUCGAGCACCGUUGGCCUCCUCUUUGGUUAGCCUUGAGGCAAAACUGUUCCCAUCUGUUUGGCUCUCUGUUAUCUUUGCCUCAAGCUUGUUGGAAGGUAUCAACGCUCUUUUCUGCACACACACACACACAUCCGAGCACACACGUUCAUUCAAACUGUCCACCCCCCCACCCCCCACUCUUUUUUUUUUUUUUUUGCACCAUCUCCCUUUUCAAUGCCUCUUCUUUUGUACUCUGCCAGUUUAGGUUGUUUGUGGCAGCCGUGCCUCACAAGGGUGCUUCGACUUUCAAUAGAUAUUGACAGGGCCUCUCUUUGAGUCUGUGAAGUCCCGGCCACUUACUGUAUCUCCAUUUUCUUCUUUCUCGGCACACAUCCCCAUUCUUGUGUCUCCCUUCUUUUCAUGUCCUCUUUGCAUGUUGUCAUUUUAUUUUUCACUUUUCACUUUUCUCUCUGUGCUUUGAUUCUUUUUUUUGUUUUUUAAGCAGUAGUCUCCUGGUGAGUUUUUGUGUUGUCAGACUGCACACAGGGGUCAACAAAGAUCCCUUCUCUAAAGUGUUUACAGCUCACGCAGUGCAAUAUUACAGAUUCAUUCACCUCUAUAUCAUGUUCUUCUUUUAAGUCAUUGUUGAGGGAUGUGGGAUGACAUUUUAAGGACUAGUUUCAUUUCUAAUGCGGUCAUCAUUUUUUUAAAAUUUGUCUUAUAAACCUGUUGUGUGAUCUAAACAUAAUCAAAGAUUAAAGGCAGAUAAAAUGAUGGCAUCACUAUUUUCAUCAUUCUCUCCAUAUCAAAGGGACAGUGCAGCAAUUUAAUGUGCUUUGUAAAGUUGUGGCCACUCAGGCCAACAUAUCCCAGCCGUGCGGUUAGCUUUAACCUCCUAAGACCCGAACUCUUCCACAGGAUGCAUUUUUAAUUUCUCUUUGAUAUUUGGGCUGAUUGGGACCUGAUGAAUGUAAAAACUAAGAAUUGCCAGAUUUUUUUUUUUUACCUAAUUUUUGUUUCUAAGAAAAAUGAGAGCCACAUAUGAGGAUAUUAGUUUAAAAUUCCGAUAGAACAGUAGCAGUAUAAUGUCCUCAUAAGUGGAUAUCAGGCCCUUGUAGAGCAAAAUUGAGUAUUUUGGUCUAAAUAACCCAAAAUGUGAUGUCCACAUAUGUGGACGCCAGGUCCUAGGAGGUUAAAAUAGAAGUUUAAAAAUCUUUCAUAGAGUUGGUAAGUGCAAUUGGACAUUUUGGGCAGUCAAGAAAAAACCCUUUUAAAAAGAAUUAAAAUUACUUCCCUGUUUACCAAAAGAUUAAUAAAGAAAGUGACUCAUAUUCACUGGGUUCAUUUUGCAUGGGCUUAAAAUGUUGUUGCAUGCUCUGCCCUUAACUGUGGAUCAGCUAUGAGUGGGUUCAACACCUUUUAAGUCACUUUGAACUAGAGUUCAAAACACAGUUCCAGCUGCCUUCUCCUCGAUGGCAAAGGCAGCGGGAAUUCAUGGGCACUGUGGUAUUUCAAGCCACACCUAAACAAAUACUCUGAACUGUAAAAUUUGUGGAGUGUCCCUUUAAAUGUAAGCUCAAUUCUUCUGGGAAGCCUUUAUGAGAUGAGAAGUUGACAGAAAGUUGAAAAAAGGUAUAAUUUAAAGCAGGAGAGGGAUGGGUGGAGUGCAGUGUGUAUAAAAUGUGGGUUAAAGAUGUAAAAAUCAGCAGAAGAAACUUUAGCAUAAGUAGUAUUUGAAAGAACCACGAGGAGUGCUUGAUGUUUCUUGUUGGACUUUUUGACUUUUGAAGCUGUUCCAGCUGUCAGGUAAACCUGGUGGUUCAACUAUUCAAAGCGCUUUUUUUCUGAUACUUUUUUUUUUUUGUUCAUCUGCUGCCGAUGGCAGGCAGGACUUUCAGGCCUGUGGGUGUUUUUAAAGAUUUCCUGUACCUGUGUUUUUGUUUUUUUGUUUUCUUUUUGUACAUUGAAUGUUGAAAAUGUUAUAUCUUAUAUAGAAUGCAUUAAAUCAUAUCAAACCUACUUUUUCUAUACAAUCAAUAAA